GGGGCGGAGGGCUCUGGAAGGGCGCGUGCGCGGCCAUAGGCCCCGGGGGAGGAGGCAGGGCAAGGCCAGGCGAGGGGGCCGUGGUCUGGGCAUCUAGCCUGGAAGAUGCACAAGAGGAAGGGAACCCCGGGACCCCCGGGCCGAGGCGCCGCCGCCGCCCGCCAGCUGGGUCUGCUGGUUGAUCUCUCCCCGGAUGGCCUGAUGAUCCCUGAGGAUGGAGUUAACCAUGAGGAACUGGAGGCUGAGUUCUUGGCUUUGGUUGGGGGCCAGCCUCAAACCCUGGAGAAGCUCCGAGGCAAAGGUCCCCUACCCAUGGAGGCCAUUGAGAAGAUGGCCAGCUUGUGCAUGAGAGACCCGGAUGAGGAGGAGGAGGAGGUGACAGAUGAGGAGGAUGUGGAAGCUGAUGAUGACCUGCUGGCGGAACUUAAUGAGGUCCUUGGGGAGGAGCAGAAGACUUCGGAGUCCCACCCUCCUGUGGCCCAGCCAAAAGCCACAGCCCCCAGCCCAGGGUUGGAGGCCACCUUGCAGGAGAGGCUGGCCCUCUACCAGACAGCGAUUGAAAGUGCUAGGCAAGCCGGAGACAGUGCCAAGGUGCGGCGCUAUGAGCGGGGACUUAAGACACUGGAAAACCUGCUGGCCUCCGUCCGGAAGGGCAGUGCCAUUGACGAAGAGGACAUCCCACCACCUGUUGCUGUGGGGAAGGGCCCAGCAGCCCCAUCGAGCCACACUCCUGCACCCACCCUGCCAGGCUCUAUGAACCUGCCGGCCCCAGAACCCAGGGUCACAGUGGAGGGUCCUCCUUCCACUGCCCCUGCCUCGUCACUGGGCUUGGCUAAGCCCCAGCUGCCCCCAGGUCCCUGCAGCACUGGCCCCCUGGCUCAGUUGCAGAGCCGCCAACGUGAGUACAAGCUGGCCGCCCUUCAUGCCAAGCAGCAGGGAGAUACCUCCGCCGCCACCAGAUACUUCCGUGUGGCCAAGAGCUUGGAGGCCCUGAGCCGUGGGGAGCCUGUGGAUUUGUCCCGCUUGCCCCCUCCACCUGACCAGCUGCCCCAAGACCCACCAUCACCGCCACUGCAGCCUCCGGCUCCCACCACGAUGCCAUCCACACCAGAGGUUCCCCCACCCCCAAGGACUCUCCUGGAAGCACUGGAACAGCGGAUGGAGCGAUACCACGUGGCCGCAUGUCCCCCACAGCAAUACCAAGAUGCCAUUCGAGCCCACAAGGCUGGACGAGCUGUGGAUGUUGCUGAGCUGCCAGUGCCCCCAGGUUUUCUCCCUAUCCAGGGCCUAGAGGCCUCCGAGUCCACCCAGCCGAGCCUGGUGGGGGUCCUGGAGACUGCUAUGAAGCUGGCAAACCAGGACGAAGGCCCAGAAGACGAAGAGGAUGAGGAGCCUAAGAAGACCAAUAGCCCUGCGGCCCCCACAGCCCAGCCCAAAGCCCCACCCUCAAAGGCACCCCAACCAGGAUCCACCUCAGCAGCUAAAGCAGCCCCCAAAGGCACAUCCAACCGAGCCCAGCAGCAGUUGGCCUUCCUGGAGGGCCGAAAAAAGCAGCUUUUGCAGGCUGCAUUGCGAGCCAAGCAGAAGAACGACGUGGAGGGAGCCAAGAUGCACUUGCGCCAGGCCAAGGGGCUGGAGCCCAUGCUGGAGGCCUCACGCAACGGGCUGCCUGUGGAUAUCACCAAGGUGCCACCCGCCCCUGUCAACAAGGAUGACUUCACCCUGGUCCAGCGGCCUGGCCCUGGUCUGUCUCAGGAUUCUAUCCGGCGCUAUGGUGAACUCACCAAGCUCAUAAGGCAGCAGCAUGAGAUGUGUCUGAACCAUUCUAACCAGUUCACUCACCUGGGUAACAUUGCCGAAACCAGCAAAUUUGAGAAACUAGCAGAGGACUGUAAGCGGAGCAUGGAGACUCUGAAGCAGGCCUUCGCCCGGGGUCUCCCCACGCCCUCUGCCCGCUUUGAGCAGAGAACCUUCAGCGUCAUCAAGAUCUUCCCAGACCUCAGCAGCAAUGACAUGCUCCUGUUCGUCGUGAAGUGCAUCAACUUGCCCACACCUCCAGGGCUGUCCCCUGGUGAUCUGGAUGUCUUCGUUCGGUUCGAUUUCCCCUAUCCCAAUGUGGAAGAAGCUCAGAAAGACAAGACCAGCGUGAUCAAGAAUACAGACUCCCCUGAGUUCAAGGAGCAGUUCAAACUCUGCAUCAACCGCAGCCACCGAGGCUUCCGAAGGGCGAUCCAGACCAAAGGCAUCAAGUUCGAAGUGGUCCAUAAGGGGGGCCUGUUCAAGACCGACCGGGUCCUGGGCACAGCCCAGCUGAAGCUGGAUGCCUUGGAGACGGCAUGUGAGGUCCGGGAGAUCCUUGAGGUCCUGGAUGGUCGCCGGCCCACAGGGGGACGGCUAGAAGUGAUGGUCCGGAUUCGAGAGCCACUGACGGCCCAGCAGUUAGAGACAGUGACUGAGAGAUGGCUGGUCAUUGACCCCGUGCCAGCAGCUGUGCCCACACAGGUUGCUGGCCCUAAAGGGAAGGCUCCUCUCAUGCCUGCCCCUACAAGGGAGCCAGGAAACAGGUCUGCCCGGCCCCUGCAUAGCCUUAGCGUGCUGGCCUUCGACCAAGAGCGUCUGGAGCGGAAGAUCCUGGCCCUCAGGCAGGCACGGCGGCCAGUGCCCCCGGAGGUGGCCCAGCAGUACCAGGACAUCAUGCAUCGCAGCCAGUGGCAGAGGGCACAGCUGGAGCAGGGGGGCCCAGGCAUCCGGCGAGAAUACAUGGCCCAGCUGGAGCAUCAGCUGCAGUUCUACACAGAGGCUGCUCGGCGCCUAGGCAACGAGGGCAGCAGGGAAGCUGCAAAGGAGGCGCUCUACAGGCGGAACCUGGUUGAGAAUGAGCUGCAGCGGCUCCGCAGGUGAGGGGCCAACGGGGCUGUCCGCCCUGGAGAUCCGGGAGCAGGCUCCGGCCCUGGUGCUGGGAGGAGCUGACAUGGCCACGGCUUCCGACCAGACAAGCAGACAAUCAGCGGACAAUCGGUUCUGGAUGGACUCGUCCCCUGCUGGGCCCACCCAGCCUUGCUAGAGCCUCCCUGGCAGGGGGCAUCGGGGAUGGUGCCUACCAGCCAGCCUGUGCCCCUGGCCUGUUCCGGAGGCGGAAGAGUGGCUAGGACCAAGCCCUGAGAGCCCCUCUAAGCACUUUAUUCCCUGUCCCUCCCCAGCCUUAAUCCUUAAGCCCUCCCACACCCAAAGAAGCCUCUGAGAGCAGCCAGAACCUGACUGGCUCCCCACAGGGGUGCCCUGGCCCAGCUAGGCCCCAGGGUUGAUACACAGAAUAAACAGCCAGGGCCACUCCCGGCUCUCCAUCUU